AUGAGGGCUGUGCUGCUUCUGGGGUCCCUGCUGGUGAGCCUGGAAUCAGCACUUUUGACUCCACCUCGGAAAGCUCCCAUGGUGCCUAAGCAUGUCAUGGACAGACACACCAUGGGGGACAAACACACAGUGGUUCUCACUGUCACUGGGGAGCCCUGCCACUUCCCCUUCCAGUACCACCGGCAGCUAUACCACAAAUGCACCCCCAGGGGCCAACACGGUCCCCGGCCUUGGUGUGCUACUACCCCUAACUUUGAACAGGACCAGCGAUGGGCAUACUGCCUGGAGCCCAAGAAAGCGCAAGACCACUGCAGCAAACACAACCCCUGCCAGCGGGGAGGGACCUGUGUGAACACGCCAAGAGGCCCACACUGCAUCUGUCCAGAACACUUGACCGGGAAGCAUUGCCAGAGGGAGAAGUGCUUCGAGCCUCAGCUUUUCCAGUUCUUCCAUGAAAAUGAAACAUGGCUUAAACUUAAGCCGGCUGGUGUGGCCAAGUGCCAGUGCCAGGGUCCCCAAGCCCACUGCAAGCCACUGGCCAGCCAGGUCUGCCCCACCAACCCGUGCCUCAACCAGGGCCGCUGCCUGGAGGUGGAUGGCCAUCAGCUGUGCAGUUGCCUGGAGGGUUAUGCAGGUCGGAACUGCGAUGUGGACAUUAAGGCGAGCUGCUACCACGGCCGCGGGCUCAGCUACCGCGGCACAGCUGACACCUCGCUCUCUGGAGCACGGUGUCAGCCUUGGGCCUCAGAAGUCACCUACCGGAACCUGACUGCAGAGCAAGCACUGAGCUGGGGACUCGGCCACCAUGCCUUCUGCCGGAACCCGGACAAUGACACCCGCCCGUGGUGUUUUGUGUGGAGCGGCGAUCGGCUGAGCUGGGAAUAUUGCCUCCUGUCACCGUGCCAAGCCCCAACCCGGGCAGCGCCCCAGAUGCCCCAGGGGCGCCGAGACUUCCCACUGCCCUCGCUUUCUGCAUUGCAGAAGCCUCAGACCACGACCCAGACCCCGCCUCAGGGCUUCCCCACAGCCUCGCGCGCGAUGCCGGAGCAGCGGACUCCCUUGCCCACUAAGGGCCCGGCGGGCUGCGGACAGCGACUCCGGAAACGGCUGUCCUCAAUGAGCCGCAUCAGCGAGGGACUGGUGGCGCUGCCCGGCGCGCACCCCUACAUCGCAGCGCUGUACUGGGGCCACAAUUUCUGCGCCGGCAGCCUCAUCGCCCCCUGCUGGGUGCUGACCGCAGCUCACUGCCUGCAGAACCGGCCGGCGCCGGAGGAGCUGACGGUGGUGCUGGGCCAGGACCGCCAUAACCAGAGCUGUGCACAGUGCCAGACGCUGGCCGUGCGCACCUACCACCUGCACGAGGCCUUCUCGUCCAUUACCUACCAGCACGACCUGGCGAUACUGCGCCUGCAGGAGAGCGCGGACGGCAACUGCGUGCGCCUGUCGCCUUCGGUUCAGCCCGUGUGCCUUCCCAGCAGCGCCGCCCGCCCCGGCGAAUCCGAGGCCAUGGUCUGCGAGGUGGCCGGCUGGGGCCACCAGUUCGAGGGGGCAGAGGAAUAUUCCACCUUUCUGCAGGAGGCACAGGUGCCCCUCAUCUCUCAGGAACGCUGCUCUGCCCCUGACGUGCACGGCACCGCCUUCGCCCCUGGCAUGCUCUGUGCUGGCUUUCUAGAGGGUGGCACCGAUGCGUGUCAGGGUGACUCCGGGGGCCCGUUGGUGUGUGAGGAUGAGGCCGCAGAGCACCAGCUCAUCCUGCGAGGCAUCGUCAGCUGGGGCUCGGGUUGUGGUGACCGCAACAAGCCAGGUGUGUACACUGACGUGGCUUACUACCUGACCUGGAUCCAGGAGCACACCAAUUCCUGA